AUGUGGCAAGCAGGGUGGCAAGCACGUACUAAGGCCAAAUCUUGUUCGUCCCGAGCCGGCCUGCAGUUCCCUGUGGGCCGAGUCCACCACCUUCUCCGCAAAGGCAAUUACGUCGAGAGGACUGGGGCCGGCGCACUGGUUUACCUGGCAGCGGUGCUGGAGUACCUGACGGCCGAGAUCCUGGAGCUGGCGGGCAAUGCGGCCCAUGACAGUAGAGCAAACAUCCUAGCAAACAUCCUAGCGGGCUCCUGGUGGGAUGGGGGUGGGGUUGGAGGAGAUGCCAUUCUCCUUGGGGAAAGAAGCAAAUUUCGGAUUGUUUUAACAAUGAACACAAUUCCCAAGAAAAAGAGUUAA